GGGUUGGAACAUCGUGAAGUUUAACCCCUCCCACACAGAUGCUUCCGGCCGACCUGAUUGGUGGGAGUGAUGUGUGAACUAGAUGACCUGGCUGGCCAAUCAGUGGAGCAUGAGAGUGUGCUGACAGCCAGAGCAGCAGUGUUUCUACCAGAGCGUGAGAGGGAGUGGAGGAGAGGAACAGAUCCAGAGGGAGAGGAGGAAGAGGCAGAGGAGCAAAGGGGAGGAAUGGGUGUUGGUAAAAACACCACCUCCAAAUCCAUGGACUCCGCCGCAGAGCCUGGCAAAUAUGAAGAGGAGAACAAACACAGUGCACACUCCUAUCCCAUCCCAGUGGUUAAUGGUGUCGUGCAGACCCCCGGAGAUCAGGACGCAGAGGACACGCAACUCAUGGCCAUUUAUGCAAAAGACAGCCAGACUGAGGACAAAUGCUCCAUAUCAGAGACUGUGGACAGUACAGACAGCAUAGACGCAAGGAGAAUGGACAUGAUAUACACCAUAGAGGACACACCACCUUGGUACCUGUGUGUGUUCCUAGGUUUACAGCACUAUCUUACCUGCUUCAGUGGAACUAUCGCUGUGCCCUUCCUGCUUGCUGAAGCCAUGUGUGUGGGAUUUGACCAAUGGGCAACCAGUCAGCUGAUUGGCACCAUUUUCUUUUGUGUGGGCAUCACCACCCUGCUGCAGACCACCCUUGGCUGCCGGCUUCCAUUGUUCCAGGCUAGUGCUUUUGCUUUUCUCGCCCCUGCAAGAGCCAUCCUUUCACUGGAUAAGUGGAAAUGUAACGCAACAGCUUUUCCUUUAAUAAAUGCCACAGAGCUGCCACACACAGAAGACAUCUGGUACCCCAGGAUACGAGAGAUCCAGGGUGCUAUAAUAGUCUCGUCUCUAAUAGAGGUGAUCAUAGGGGCCUUGGGUUUGCCAGGUAUCCUGUUGAAGUACAUCGGCCCGCUCACCAUUACCCCUACUGUCACUCUCAUUGGGCUCUCGGGCUUCCAGGCGGCUGGAGAGAGGGCAGGCAAACACUGGGGCAUCGCCAUGCUAACCAUAUUCCUGGUGCUGCUGUUCUCUCAGUAUGCACGUAACAUCCAGUUGCCGCUCCCCAUUUACAAAUCCAAGAAAGGUUGGACGUCUUACCGCCUGCAGCUGUUCAAGAUGUUCCCAAUCAUCAUGGCGAUCCUUGUGUCAUGGUUUCUGUGUUUCAUCUUCACGGUGACUGACGUGUUUCCUCCUGAGAAGGACAAAUAUGGGUUCUACGCCCGAACGGACGCCCGACAGGGCAUCCUGGCAGCCGCCCCCUGGUUUAAGAUACCCUACCCCUUCCAGUGGGGGUUGCCCACAGUGACAGCAGCAGGGGUGAUUGGAAUGAUGAGUGCUGUGGUUGCCAGUAUUAUAGAGUCCAUUGGAGACUAUUACGCCUGUGCCCGUCUCUCCUGUGCCCCGCCUCCACCUGUACAUGCUAUUAACAGAGGGAUCUUCAUGGAGGGUCUUUCCUGUGUUCUCGAUGGCAUCUUUGGGACAGGAAAUGGCUCCACAUCUUCUAGCCCAAAUAUUGGAGUGCUGGGCAUCACCAAAGUGGGCAGCAGGCGGGUAAUUCAGUAUGGGGCAGCACUGAUGCUACUUCUAGGAAUGGUGGGUAAAUUCAGCGCUCUCUUUGCAUCAUUGCCGGACCCAGUUCUGGGAGCGCUGUUCUGCACUCUGUUCGGCAUGAUCACUGCUGUUGGCCUUUCCAACCUGCAAUUUGUGGAUCUCAACUCGUCCCGCAAUCUGUUUGUCCUUGGCUUCUCCAUCUUCUUUGGCCUGGUCCUACCCAGCUAUCUCAAAGGAAACCCUCUAGUCACUGGUAUAGUGCAGAUCGAUCAGGUGCUGAACGUUCUGCUUACGACUGCCAUGUUUGUAGGAGGUUCAGUGGCGUUUGUGCUGGAUAAUACUAUUCCUGGCACCCCGGAGGAAAGGGGCAUCUGUAAGAUGAAUCGUGGAAACGGCGUAUCUAAACGAGACAGAAUGGAGUCUUACGACCUUCCGUUUGGUAUGGACUUCCUGCGGCGCCAUCGCAUUUUCCAGUACCUCCCAAUCAGCCCCACUUUCGCUGGCUACCAAUGGAGCGUCCUCAGCCACGGCUGCCAUAACAGAAGAGAGGACGACAUGCCAACAAAGCCAGAACUGGGAGAAAGUGGGGUAUAGUUUAGCACCAGCAUGCUUUCCAUUCCACCCAGAGC